AUGCUGCGCGCUGCUGACAGCCUUAUAAAUAGUCGCCUUUGCGGGCGGCGGGCGAGGACGGGCAGGGCACCACUGGCCCCGGCGCCCGCCGCACCCCUCCCCCAGUGCGCUGACUCGGCUCCCCGGACCUCAGCAGGAUGGAAGAGAAGCUGAAGAAAGCCAAGAUCAUCUUUGUGGUGGGAGGGCCCGGCUCAGGGAAGGGCACCCAGUGUGAGAAGAUUGUCCAGAAGUACGGCUACACCCACCUCUCCACCGGGGACCUCCUGCGGGCCGAGGUCAGCUCGGGCUCGGCCAGGGGCAAGAUGCUGUCGGAAAUCAUGGAGAAGGGGCAGCUGGUGCCACUGGAGACGGUGUUGGACAUGCUCCGAGAUGCCAUGGUGGCCAAGGUAGAUACUUCCAAAGGCUUCCUGAUUGAUGGCUACCCUCGGGAGGUACAGCAGGGAGAGGAGUUUGAGCGGAGGAUCGGACAGCCCACACUGCUGCUGUAUGUGGACGCAGGCCCGGAGACCAUGACCCAGCGGCUCCUGAAGCGCGGGGAGACCAGCGGGCGAGUGGAUGACAAUGAGGAGACCAUCAAGAAGCGGUUGGAGACCUAUUACAAAGCCACGGAACCUGUCAUCACCUUUUAUGAGAAACGGGGCAUCGUACGCAAGGUCAAUGCCGAAGGCUCGGUGGACAGUGUCUUCUCCCAAGUCUGCACCCACCUGGAUGCCCUCAAGUAGCAGCACGGAGCCCUUCCCCAACCGAGCCCCGCCCCACCCCUGUCCUGCCUGAGGCUGUCCUGGCCUGAGCUCAGCGCCUCCACCCUGCCCGGCUGGAGCACAGACAGAGGAAGCCACUUUAUCCUGUUUUCAUGGACAGCCAAGCACUAAAGGCAUUUCCAAGGACAUUCGGUUUUAUUCCUUUUUCUUUGCUUUCACUGGAGUUGAUCCACGUGGUAUGGCCUCUCCUAGCCCCUCAGCCCACCUGAGCCAGCUGUUCCCCCCCACCCCCACUACCACGGGAAGACCCAGGGCCCUUCCUCACCCAGGGCAUGCCGGGCCUGGGGCUCCAGGGUGACUGAGGCAGGAUCCUUGUUCUCGGGGACUGACAGUGAGGCACAGCUGGGCCCCGACCUGGGUUCCUCCAAAUCCUUGCUGGGUGGCCUUGGCCCUGACUCCUCAUCUCUCUGAGCAGGUUCUCUGCGCUUCACGCCCCUGGGGCCUGUGUGCAGCAGGAAGCUAGGUCAUCGGCUGUGGGGGUGCUUCCCGGGCAGUGAGGAUGGCGCACGUCAGCUGUCUGGGUGGGCAAGGAAUUGGCUUCCUGGGCACAAGAAGCUCUGAGGGUCUGAAAAGGGCAUCGAGAUUGAAUGGUCAGCAGUACCUCCCUGAGGAGGUGAGACACGGAGGGCCUCCCGCCGUACGUCCCUGGACAGGUCACCACCUGCCCUUUCUGAGCCCAUUUCCAAAUCUGAGUUAGGGUCCAUGCCCCCUGCAACCCCCACCCCUCAAGGUGAGGACAAGAACACACCAAUCGGGGCUGUAAGGCUGGCAAUCACCAUGGCCGUGGGAGCCGAGACCAGAGUGGCCUUGGAGAUGAGCAGGGCUGGGGUGCUUUGGGGAGGGUGCCCCAGAAUCCCCCAGGGGAGAACCAUCUUCCCUUUCCUGUUGUUUCACUGUGACCUCAUCACCGAGAAAGGCUCAACUUGGUGCUCACGUGUCCUUAACACCUGUCCCAGCCCCAGCUGAGUCCCUUUAGAACCAGGAGGGCCUUCAGUGGGCCACACCUGGCCGGAACAAGGCCCCAUGUGGGGCUGAUUAUGCCCAUGCUGUGUCCCCUUUUAUUUAUGGCAAGUGUGGCUGGUUUUCCGUCCACGUUACUUAAACUUUCCUUUAAAAUAAACAUAUUUAAGUU